AUGGGCCUAGGUUUCCGCUUCGGCUUGGGCUACGGUUUCAUCUUGGGCCUUGGCUUCGGACGUUGGUUUCGGCUUGGGCUCCAGUUCAUCCAUGGAGGACGCGCGAAGUUGAGUAUAUACAAGGCCGUGAGGAACAUAAAAGGCAGGGAUAAUACUCUCUACAACGCUCUUAGGUCAAUUUACGAGGACUCUAUUUUCGUCCGCGAGAUCUCUCAGCUAUGGCCGGAGCUUCCUCUUCUCACAAAUCUACGUUGCGGCCUCUGGUAUUCCCCAAUGUUUCACUCCACUUGCUACUUUAAGUCCACCGACGGCCACACCAACAACUACUCUUUCAAUACUUCCCGCCUCAAUCUUCACGUCGCGCUUUUAGCUGCAGUGACUGCGUCCGACGUCGUCGAUGGCAUGGUAAAUUGUGAUCAAGAGUCUGUAUCUGUUUGCCUUCCAAAUGCUGAAGCAUAUCUUCAUCUACCUAUGGUGAUGUCAAAACUGGAUCGCUUUUCCCUGUCAAGAAAUCUUUCUUCUGCAGUAGAUUUUGCAAAGUUGAAUCUUAGCCAAGGGAAAAGACUUCUAAUUUGCUGUAGCAAUGGGGAAGAUAUUAGCAUAUGUGUUUGCUUGGCGAUGUUGACUUUAUUCGAUGACAAAGGUACAUCAGCUGAAUUUUUUUUAUUUAUUUUUAUUUUUUGUUAUCAAAUAUACCCACAAUGUCACAACCGCAACACUAAAUAAGAAGUUAUGUUCAGCAAAACCUUUUUUUCUUUUUUUUUGUACAAUUUCAUUAGUCAUUAAAUUAGUUCUCAUGUUAAAAAAUAGAAAAUAAGAAACGAAAAAGUUAUAAAAUGGGGCUUUAAUAUUAUUACUCUUGGCAACCAAACCGAACUGUGAAUACCCUAUUGCUUGUUUUAGAAUAUAGUAUUAUGAUUAUGAAGGUGGAGACCCGAAGCUUCAACCGUUGAAUCAGUGAAAACCUCAUUUUUCCAAUAAUAUUUGUCAACCCCUUUUGUGUAGCCGGGGUUUUGUCCUUGAUAAAAGUUGUUUUUUUUUUUGCCCUUU